UACGCGGGCCUCUCACUGUUGUGGCCUCUCCCGUUGCGGAGCACAGGCUCCGGACGCGCAGGCUCAGUGGCCAUGGCUCACGGGCCCAGCCACUCCGCGGCAUGUGGGCUCUUCCCGGACCGGGGCACGAACCCGUGUCCCCCGCAUCGGCAGGCAGACUCUCAACCACUGCGCCACCAGGGAAGCCCUGAUCACGUUUUUUAACGUACUGUACCCCAAAAGAGAAUCUGACCCCUUCCGUUCUGAUGUUGUCAGUUAGAGAAACACAUGAAUCACCCCCGGCAGCCUGUGCCCUCUGGGGAUGAGUUGGGGCUUUUCGUGUGUGUCCUCAGCAAAGAAGGACGGAAUCAGAGACUUGUGGAGAGGACUGAUACUAGGUACUUUGAACUAGUGAAACUUCACAAACAGACGUUUGUGUUCUCCUGGUUUGUGUUCUCCUGGUUUCAACAACUCAGAGCUUCGCCGGGUGCAGGUCAGGGUUUCCAGGCUCUUCUGGGUGCAGACGGCGUGGGCGCAGCUGCUGGGACCCACAGACCAAGGUGGGAAACUGGUGGUUUGCUCGGAAUAUUGCUGACGUUUCCAUUUCUGUUUUCUAGACACACGAAACUUUCUCUUUCUUCAACUGUCUGUAACCCAUAAAAACCUGGUAGACGGAAAUGACAACUAGUUCUUCCUGACAGAAUUCUUGCCAAGUUUCCUCAUUUUGUGUGAUGGUACCGCUAUUUGCAUAGGUUCAAAAAGACGACUCUGUGGGGGGUGUUUUCUUUCAAACUUUAUUGUGGUAAAAUAGAUUAAAAUUUUACCGUUUUAAUCAGUUUAAGUGUACAGCUCAGUGGCGUUAAUAGGAAUUAAUAAUUCUCUAGAAAACAGGCACAACUUCUCAUGUAAGUGGGGCAAGACGGUGUGUGUCCUCCUGCGUCUGGCUUGUUUUGUUCGGUGUAACAUCCUCAGGGUUCCUCCACAUUGUCGCAGGCGCCAGAAUCUCCUUCUUUGUUGUGUGUGUGGUUAAAUAUUUAUACAUAAACUUUUCCACUGUAACCACUUCCGAAUGUGCCCCGCACUGAGAUGCCACCACCCCCGUCCUCUCCAGGACCCUCGCAUCUCCCCGCCCCGGGCCAACAGUCCACUUUCCAGCAGAGAAGCAGCUGCCCUUGUGCGUCUGGCUCGUGUCACUCAGCUCAGGGCCCUCAGGCUCCUCCCUGUGCAGCAGGUGCCAUAGCCUCCUCUCUGAGGCCGAACGAGACUCACCGCGGGAUGGACACUGCGUCCACCCGCUCACCCAUCAGUGGGUGUGGCGCUGUCACCACCUGUGCUGUUGUGAGUGACGCAGCCAGGAGGAUAGGUGUGCACGUACCCGGAAGCAGAGUUACUAGAACAAAGGUAAUUCUGUGUAUAAGUUGGUGAGAAACUGCCUACUGUCCUUUGUUCUUUUUACCAGGAUGUAAUAUAAUUGGACAACUUGAGCGCCUUCCUCAGAACGUCCUAUUUCUGAAUGAUGCUUGUGUGAUCGACUGUGACAGGCCACUUGUCACAGAACUGAGCUGCCUGUAGGGAGUGAAGGCUACAGAGCCUCCCAGGAAAGCCAGUCUGGCCCUGGGGUCCCCGCCCUCCGUGAUGGGAAGGUCGCUUCCUGCAGGCCAGGGAAUCUGAGAUAAGUGGGGACCCGAGUAAGAGAGGCUGGGACUGAAUAUAUGAGUGGACGAUGGCAGAGCAGCCUGCCCGGCCCCUUCCCCCAGCCCCCCCCAGUGACCACCAGCCCGGAGGUCAAGUCAGAGUGCUCUCUGGGACAGUCCAGGGACCUAAAAAUAACUUCAGGACUCGAUUGAUACCCGACAGCUUCUCUCCUUUCUGUUUGUGCCUCCAACGUGGGGCGACACAGAGGACACCAUCGCACAGGGAGCCACGGCCAGCGGGCCCCCUGCUUCCCCCGCGGCCUCCUCUGCAAAGCUCCCCACCCACUGCCUGCAUUUGAGUCUCUGCCACGUGCAAGUGUCUGGAUCCGUGGCCCCUGUUCCCCUGGCUGGGCUUCCUUUUCUCCGCACACAUAUAGAGGGGCCACAGGUGGAGCCUGUGAACUUGCUUGGCCUGGCGCUCCUGCCCGCCCUCGGGGUAGCAGAGUCCAGCCUGAGCUUCCUGGUGAGAAUUUCCAGACAGAAGCUGAUCUUGUGGCUUUAGUCGUCGUUUAAUCUGAAUUUGAAAAAGAAACCUAGGAGGCAUGGCUCGUUAAUUAACAUUCUUAUGAGACCCGCCCUGUUUGUGUGUGUCAAAGAAUAAUCUUUGAGAUCAUUACCAGUCCGGAGACUGUCAGGAAAUCUGUGAAAGACUUUGAAAUGGGCAGAAAACCUGGAUAUUCUGGCCAGCUCACCCUUUUCUUGUCUUUGAGCUAUUUUACGCCUCUGUGAGCUGCAGAAAACGGAUGCUGAUGCAGGUGAUUUGUCCAUAGAAAUACAGGUGCUCUGCCGUGGGUGCUUGUGUGCUGAGUGGUUUUAACAUCUUUGUUUCCCCCAUUAAUCAGUUAUAUAAAAUCUUUAGUAAGUGUUCAUUUCAGAAGGAAAAAAGGAAAUCCACCUUCUCCAAACCCACUGUCUUUCUGAGGAAAACACCGGGGCCCAGCCAUCCUGCAGAGGCACUUUCUCCUGUGCAUCCGUCCCGUCUGGGUCAGCAUCCGUGUUCUGCUCUCAUUCUAUAUCCUUACAUAUAGAGGGAGAGCUAUAAAGACAUGUAUGCACAGGUGACCUUCGAACAACAAAGGUUUGAACUGCAUGGGCCCCCCUUCUGUGGGGAUGUUUUCCACUAGUAAAUGCCCCACGGGCUGCUGUUGGUUGAAUCGGAGAAUGCAGAUCGCGGAUACAACUACAUUCUACGCCCACUGACCCCCGCGUUGUUCAAGGGUCACUAUGUAAAGGCAUUAAAACAUUUGGUGGAAGUAUCUGUUGAGAUGGGAAAUGAGCACAGUGGAUCAGGGCCGCGGGGACAGUGGGGAGGGCGGGCCCAGGCGGAAGGCAGAUUUUAUGUGAGUUACCCCUUGAUGGCGGCCUCCCCGGUUUUCGGAAGCUCGUUCCUGAGAGGGUGUGGUGGAGGCUGAGGCUGUGACUGUGGACGUGGGUUGGCUUCUGCGGCCUUUCCCCCAGGGGCCUGCUCUGUGGCACAUUGUCCUGCAGCUCUGCCUCCUGUCCUGGAGGCCCGUGGAGGCCCUCGGGCCAGCGUCCUGCUGCUUCCUGUCUGUCCCUCCAGUUCAUCUGCGACCUUUGCAUCCUGCCCGGUCCCAGGGUGGGCUCAUCCGCUCCCGGUGGGUGGCCUGGGUCCUGGGGAUGCAGGCCCCCAAGGCCCCCGCCCGCGCUCCCGGGGUGGUGGUGGGGGAAGCCUUGCCCUUUCUCCCUGGAGAGGAGCUGGUGGUUCUCUUUUUACCCCGUGUAUUUCGGAACCGUAUGGAAGUUCCAAAUUUGACCGUUACUGCCCUACAAGGGGCCCUGCACCCACCCUGUGUGUGUCCUCUUCCAGGCUGCCGACCCGCACCCCUGUGAGCUGGAGCCCACGACGCUGCCUGGGCCAUGGACUCGAAGGUCAGAUGGGCGGUGGUCCUGGGGGUGUGGGCGGCGGAGCCUCGGAUCCCAGCUCUCGGGAGCACAGGGCGGAAAACCCCCUUGUCCCCGCACCGCUUCCGCCCGCUCCUGUGCAGGACAGGCUCAGAGCUAUAGCGUCGCCGAGGUCGCGUGGGCCAGUCCCCUGCCUCAGCAGGAUGGGGCCUAAAUGGCGCCUUGUGCUUUAAGCGAGUUUAAAAGAGAAAGUCGCGCCUGGCCCAGCAGAAGCUCUUCUUCACCUCCUUCCUGUCUUUGCCAGGCAGUGUGGCAUCUUCGGGUGCCCAGCCCGGGGCCCUCCGUGUCGCCACCAGCCCCAUGGGGGCGGCCGCGGGCCUGAGGACUUACUAGGUGGUUCACGAGCCUGGCCCGGUUUCUGCAUCUCUGAGCAGACAGCGCCUGGGGGCUGGGUGUGCGCUUCUCAAACAACCCUCUGCAGGCCUGGGAGCCGUGUGGUUCCCAGCUUAGCAGCUCAGGAGAAACGUCAGCUACUUGAGCAGAAGAGGUUUCGGGCGCUGCCCAGGUGCCACUUCUCCUGAUGACUUCAGUGGGAAAGGGCAGACACACUCCCAGGGCUUUGCUUUCCCCUUUCUUUCCUUCAAGCUGAGAAAACCGAGACACAGGCGUGCCCCACAGUCAGGUUCAUGGUGAGACAUCCAGCAGCUUCCUCUUCCCCCGUCAGAAAUUUCACCCUGCUAUAGAUUUUCUUUUUUCCCUUUGAUUUUGUUUCCAGGUUUUUUUUAAAUUACAGUAAAAUUUACCAUUUUAACCUUUUAUUUAUUGAUUGAUUGGCUGUGCUGGGUCUUCGUUGUGGUGCAUGGGCUUCUCAUUGCAGUGCGCGGGCUUCUCUUGUUGUGGCGCAUGGGCUCUAGGCGCGCGGGCUUCAGUAGCUGCAGCACGCGGGCUCAGCAGUUGUGGCUCGUGGGCUGUAGAGCGCAGGCUCAGUAGUUGUGGCGCACGGGCUUAGCUGCUCCACGGCAUUUGGGAUAUUCCCAGACCAGGGCUUGAACCCGUGUCCCCUGCAUUGGCAGGCGGAUUCUUAACCACCGCGCCACCAGGGAAGUCCCCAUUUUAACCUUUUUUAAGUGUCCGGCACAGUGGCAUUAAGAGCACUCGCGUCGCUCUGCCACCGCCGCCCCCUUUUCUCUGCUUCAGGGACCACACAGAUGAGAGGGAUGGAGCAGUGCGUGUCCUCUUGUGUCUGCUGAUAUCACUGAGCAUGAUGGCUCGGUUUGGUUUUUUUUUUUUUACUGUUUGUAUGGCGCUGUUCAUCUAUACUGUAGCAUUCUUUGAUUUUUUUUUGAUAUGUAGAAAAUGAGAUUGAUUUUUUGUUUUGUUUUGUUUUUACUGUUUGUUUGGUGCUGUUUUCUCCAGGUUUGGACACCAGGAUUAGUCUAGUUUAUCACACACAUUGGACAGCUUUCCAUCGUUUUCUCUGCACGGGAACUGACUUUAUAGCACGAGUUAUUUUUGCCUCCUAUAGAUGAAAUCUGUAUUAUGUCUGGCAAGAUUUCCUAAGUCUUGAUCAUUUCUCUUGACAUAACUUUUUCCUGUGACCUAAAAGGAUAAACAGCUAUCACAUCUUCCCCCUUCUGAGACAUCCAUUUCAGCUUGUGUCACUCGUCCGUCCUUGGCUUGUCACCAGCCCUGCUUGUUCUUGGUGUUAAAUACUGUUGGUCUUCUGGACCGGCUGCCUGUGUGGGAGUCCAGGCCAGCCUGUUCUUGACAUGCUCAGAACGGAGUCUGUCCACACGCUUCCCAGCCGAUGGCACUAAACACUUGGCUCCAGGACCUGAGCCCUCUCACACCGGAUGCUCUCCUUCUCGCCUGGCCACUUCUGUUCUUUGUGUUUCAGGGGUCACUGCAUCUGGGUUUGAUACCUGACCUGGCGUAGCUGGUGGCAACCGCUGCUGCACGCCCAGACUUUGGACCCUGUUUACCAGCCUCUUGAAAAAGACGGUCUGGUUUGGUUCCCUGGGGCUGCAGUAGGGAAACCCCACCGGCUGGGUAUUUUCCUGAAGUGUCUGGAGGCCACAAGUCUGGUAUCAGGGUGUUGCAGGGUUGGUUCCUCUGGAGGCUCUGAGGAGUCUGCUCUGGCCUCUCCAGCUCCAGUCUCCGUCUGCACUGGCAUCCGUGUGUGUGUCUGUAAGCCUGCCCCUUUCUCUUGUAAAGACAUGGGUCAUGGGAUUAGGGCCCAGAUCCAGGAUGACCUGGCCUUAACGUGACAUCUGCAAAGACCCCAUUUCCAAAUAAGGUCCUGCUCUCAGGUCCUGGCGGCCAGCACCUGGGCCUGUCUCUGGGGGACACGGUUCAACCGCAGCCCUGCCUCAGCCCCUCUUCUCUCCUGACCAGGACGUCUCCUGAGGUAGAGAUGAAGCACAUUCUUCAGUCUCUCAGCUGCCUUGUGCCACUGGCCUCACUGUAAAGGUUUAGUAGAGUAGAGCUUUUACAUACAUUUCCCCCUUUUAGGAGUAAUUCUGGAGAAGCAAAGGCUGAAUAGCAAUACAUAAGCACCUUAUUUUAUGCAUUUCGUUGAAAACAAUUUGUCCUCUAAAAACUGUCCUCUCAAAGUUUUCUGAUUUUCCUAAUCAAUAUUUUUCUAGUAUUUUCUAAUGAAAAACAUUAUGGCCUUAGAAGUCAAUUUUACCUGCACCUUCAUUUUCUCCCCGUGACUGCUCCCAGCCCAGGCCGUGUGUUUCGUGUGUAUUGAUCUGGGCGGUCUCGGCAUCCUAGCCUCUCACGAUGCCCUCUCAUCCCAGGUCUGGGGGUGACCUGAGCACCCCUGGUCCUGCUCUGCACUUGCCUUCUUGUUGCCACGUGCAGUGGCCCUCCUGGUUCCCCCGUGCUGCUCGUGGGCUUGGCCAGGGGUUAAUCUACCUGAGGUCAGCCAGGCCUGCCCAGAGGCAGGUGUUGCCUGUGGUCACUACUGCCCAGGCUGUAUUGAAAAUCUGCUUUUGCACAGCACCCUCCUGGGCCCACAAAGGACGUGAUGGAAGAGGAUGGGCUUCUACCUGCUGGAUGCACUCCCAGUGAGCAUGGGCUCUGGCUGGUAAAAGAUACGCAGGGCCUGGCACAGGCGUGCAGAGCCAGCAUGGCACCUAGACACAUACGUGCCUGGCCGCCCUCCCCGGGCUGCACCAGCUGGCCGCCGGCAGAUGGGUCACCUUCUGCAGGAUUGGAGCUUUUCAGCAUCUGUACAUGGCCCUGCGGACUGGCAGGGUGUCCAGGCCCCGGGCCAGGGAGGCCAUCGCGGGCCCGGCUGCCCGGCCUGGGGCCAUGUUCCCACAGGACUCUCCUCUCAGGUCAGCAAUGGCGCCAGCCCCCAGGAUGAGCGCACCACAAGCCUGCUGGUGUUCAGCUUCCUCCAGAGCUGCCCGCACUCCCGUUGCCGCCAGGAGCUGGAGAUGCUGGGCCACGAGCUGGAGAUGCUGGGCCACAAGCUGUCCGUGCGCGCGGCCCACGACGACGAGCUGCAGACGGAUGGCAACUGGUGCAGCCACUUCCGUCUUGAGGGGGUGGCAGAGACAGACUCUGAGACUCGGGAGGAAGUGGUCCGGGACAUCGCCAGGCAGCUCGCCCAGAUUGGGGACAGGAUGGAGUGCAGCAUCUGUCCGGGGCUGGUGGCUGGCCUGGCCGCGCAGUUCAGUAACUCGAGCCUGUCGGAGGAGGACAGGAGGCGGUGCCUGGCGGCCGCGCUGCAACAACUCACACAGCUCUACCCUGCGGAUGUGGACCGCGAGAAGACCCUGCUCCUGCUGACCAUGCUCGUGGCCAAAAAGGUGGCUGACCACUCGCCAGCUGUGCUCCAAAAUGUCUUUCACACCACAGUGACCUUCAUCAACCAGAACCUUCUCGCCUACGUGAGGAACUUAGUCCAAAACGAGAUGGACUGAAGGGACGACUCAACAAAAGUACGACUGGUUACAACUUGAGAUGGUGACAGCGGUGUAGCUGUCUCCACAGAGAUGGAGCCUCGGCCACUUAAACGUGCUCAGAGAAGACAGGCACGAGGUGGCAGCUGUGUCUCACCAUUUUAAAGCCAGAGACCAUUUAGGAAUUUCUUCAUGUACGUGUGUGAGUGUUUCCCAUCAUCUACAUCCAUCCACACACUGUGCCUUUACCUAAUGUCUGCUGGAAAGGUCCCCGCCGGAAAAUCAGAUCUAGAAGCAGAUCGUGAGUUCCCUGGUGGUCCAGUGGUUAGGACUCCUCUGCGCUUCCACUGCAGGGACCAGGUCUGAUCCCUGGUCGGGGAACUAAGAUCCCACAAGCUGCAGCCAAAAAAGAAAAAAAGAACAACAAAAUGAAAGCAGGUUGACAAAUAAAAGGCAGAAGAAAAAGAACACACAAUGUUUUUUUGUUUUUUAAAAAAACCCACUUGGGACUUUCCUGGCGGUC